AUGCAAGAGUUGAAAAGGAGCCUCUCUGCAUUAAGAGAUUACUCGGUAGGAGUAAUUCUUAAUCUUUAGCAGUGAUCAAAUAAAAGCAAAAUGCACUGACAUGAAAUACUUGGGUAUAUGUAUGUACAUAAGACUAAGAGCCUCAAUAGGACUUUUAACCCCCUGAGUAUUAGUUAAUAUAGUAUAGAAAUCGAGAUUUUAAAAUGAGCUUUAAUACUUCCCUGGAGCACAAGCUGGAGGCAUCAUUUAACUUUUUCAAUGGGGUGAUAUAAAUUUUAUUUCUAAUCAGGCUGAUGAACAUUAAUAUGGGUUUAAGUAUCAUUAUCACAGACAUUAUCAGUGCUCUCCUAGUUUUUUUAACCAGUUUUGGGAACAUAGCAGUUGCGAACCUUAUAAUGCAAAUUGCACACCCAUAUAGCCAUCAUCAUAACAAGAUCAGUAUGAAUAACAAAUGCCAAGAAAGCAUUCUUCAAUGAAGAAAUUCGAUCAGGAAUAUUGAUUCACAUUUUUUGUUGUUAAAGGUUUCAGGGGAUGUAAGGGAACUGAAGAAAAACGUAAGUUUACAAUCCAUUCACCUCCACUUCCCUCAAUAAUCUUAAUCAUUCUCCUAUUGUUAAUAUUUACAAUAAUAAUAAUGAUCGUGAAUGAACCAUUCAUUCAUGAUAUUGAGAAGUUUCUUUUCUUUUCUUUUCUUCCUUAUGUUAGGUCUCAGCAGAGUUGGAAGGGCUAGAGAUAAAGGCAAGUUUAAAUUCAUCCAUUUCCAAUUCCAUCUAUAUUAGAAAAAAAUUACAAUGAUUCCAUUAAGUUCAACAUCAAUGUCUUACUCUAUGGCAGAUGAAAAAAGAUAUGGAAAACAUGACAAACAAAGUAAGUUUCAUUACCAAAAUUAAGAAUUUAUCUUUUUCUGAACCUCUCACUGUUAAGAUUCCUAUCAUCAUUAUUUUCAAAAACAAAACGAGGACUGUUCUACUUAAUUUACCAAAUUCAAUAGGCCCACUAAUUCUCUAACACAAUAACUUGGCCCAUUUUACCUUUUAGGACAGAAAUACAGAGCUAGAGGAUAUCCGUCUCGCAAUACAGGAUGUUGCCCAAGUUUUUAUUGGUCUAAACACAAGCGUAAAUGAGAGGUUUCUGCAUUUUCAACAAAGAAUUGUGCAACUGGAUCAAAAGGUACCCAAAUGUAUUUUUGUAUGCCUUUUCGUACCGAAUUACGAAUUAACCAAUCAGAGACUUGAUCUGAAAUUGGUGCCAAGUCACUGCCCUAAGCUUCCGAUAUCAUGGCUUCUUCCGAUUAAAGUUAGGUAACUUAAUGGUCAUCACAAAGUACCUGAUACACAUAUGCCUCUAAACCUACGCAAAAAACAGAGAGUGUUUUCAAUCGUGAGUAAAAGGGUAUUUUCGAAGAUUGUCUAGCAUACAGCUCCUCACAGUUUGCAAGAGUCUGCAUUGAACAAAGCUACUCCAGCAAAUUCUGAGGUUGUUUUGAAAGCGACCUGUUUACAUACAUUUAAUGUCUGUGGAACGCAGGGGAUAGUUUUUUUUGUAUUUAAUGUCAAGCUUGAAAAUGUCACAAUCGAGAUUAGCUUAUGGACAAUCAUGAAAAGAUGCAGAGGUAAUCCGACUAAUCUGCUCACAGUCAGUCACUGAAUGUUGCAGAAAUUCUGCAACCUCUCAUGCACUGUGUGUUGCAGAAAUUCUGCAACCACUAGUCCACUGGAUGUCGCAGAAAUUCUGUUACCACUCACACACUGGAUGUUGCAGAAGUUUUGCGACCAUUUAUACACUGGGUGUUGCAGAAAUUCUGCAACCACUCAUACUCUAAGUGUCGCAGAAAUUCUACAACCACUCAUACACUAAGUGUGGCAGAAAUUCUGUGACAACUCAUACGCUGGGUGUUGCAGAAAUUCUGCAACCACUCAUUCACUGGGUGUCGCAGCAAUUCUGCAACCACUCAUUCAGCAGGUGUUGCAGAAAUUCUGCGACCACUCAUACACUGGGUGUUGCAGAAAUUCUGCAACAACUCAUUCACUGAGUGUCGCAGAAAUUCUGCAACCACUCAUUCACAAGGUAUCGCAGAAUGUCACAGAAUGUCACUGAAUGUCACAGAAACACUGUGACCACUCAUAUACUGGAUGUUGCAGAAAUUCUGCAUCCUCUCAUUCACUAGAUGUUGCAGAAAUUCACUCAUGGAUACAGGAAUAUAACAGUCUUUCUCUAGCCAGUCAAUAACAGAUGCAACGAAUAUUCUGUCAAUUAACUUUCAACAGGAAUUAUGUACCUAAAAUAGCACGUGGCUUAAUGCCACAUGAUAAAAUUCGAAUAUUAAAAUAUUAAAAGAAGUAAGCAAUACAACAUACAAUUUAAGUCAUAUCACUUUAUUUUAUGAUCAGAUACAAAAACUGACUGAAAAAUAUCAUUAAUUUAAUAAAAUUGAAGUUUGUUAUACAGCAAAUAAGCAAUCUACUCUAGCCAAAAUAUAUUAACUAGUCACGAUUUCAGUCCUUUGACCUAUUUUAAAAUAUCUGUACACGUGAUAAAUUGAGAGCAAAUAUAUCAUUUAAAUCUUGCAUUGUCUUGCAAAAGACUACAGGGAAAUUAAUGCUCAUCCUUCGAAUGAAAACUUUAAACCGUUCACUAUUCAGAGGAAAACUAAAUUAACAGUAUCCCAGAUUUUAAUUAAUAUCUCCACCAAUGUUUACAGAAGGUUAUAAUGCUACAUGUGUAUCUCAAUAAGAGGGCAAAAAUAAGCCUCUAGGAAAAACAAUCCUCUCUCUCUGUAAGCUGCAACUGUUUCCAGAAUAUGGAAAAUCAAACCGUGCAAUGUUGCCUAAUAAGUCACAAACCAAUGAAAGGGAUAAUGUACUGAAGACCCACUCUACAAAGCCAAUGUGAGGGCGCCUUCUGGUUUUGGCCGGGUUCUACAUUGAAAACAACGACGGAAUCCAAGAAAUCUGAAAUAAUUUACUAAUUUUUAUCGAAGUGUAAUUCAACCGAAGUGAAUUAAGCAUCGUAUCAAUUUUCGCAACAACAAAAUUGGCCUAAAAUGUGCUUUUAUCAAAUGUUUGUGGGUUCUACAUCUCCAUCGAGGAGUGAAAACAUACAAUUCAUAAAUAAGAGAUAGACUUAGAGAUGACGAUUCGAUAAGCUUUUGGUAAAAUUGUAUCUAUAUCGACGCGAUCGCAAACUUGUGCCUGACAAAGUUUCACUCAGACCAUUUAUCGUUACCUAAUCGCUCUAUAUUUAUCGUUACCCAAUCGCUCUGACGAAGGGCGAACGCUCGAAACGUCAGCCAUUACGACUGAAGUUCGACUGAAGUUCGCGUUACCUGUCACACUUGCAUACUUCUGACCUCUUGUCAACCUUGAAAUUUGAAAAGUUAUCGACACUGAAUUGGCUGCUUGUGAUACUUUGUAUUCAGGUGAUUUUAACUUUACCUUCAAUUUCUAAUUGACUCUCUAAAUCCGGCAUUAUUUCUCCAUAAAUGAAAGAUCCUGCAUUCAAAGAAUUGUUUGAGUCAUCGAAAUCAACCCACUGAUCUUCAUUGGCCCGAUUUAUACUAGAGACGGAUCAUCCGUCAUACGGAUAAUCCGUCCAAGUAUAAAUCCGAAGACAAAUUUUGACGAAUAAUCUGUCUAGAUAUAAAUCGUUCGCGAGUUUCACGACGGGUGUCUCGGUGUUGAGCCGAGUGGAAGCCUGGCGAGAGCUUAAAUAUGGCGGCUCUCGUAGCUUUGUUGAUGAAAUCGAGAAGAACAGUAUUGGAUAUGGCGGUAUAUCAGAGAAGAAUAUCCUCUGUCAAGCGCAUGUUUGAGCCGGAAAAUAGCUUAAUGAACUUCAUGUUACCCUUUUCUCUCGCUAAUCUUGCUCAAGAUAGGAAGACAAGAAGUAGAGGUGAGAUAAGAAACAAGAAAUGGUGGGAGGACGGCCUUCAAAACUGGCAAAACUAUAGAAACCAGUCUCUCUCAUAUGGAAACUUUGUCAAAAACCGUCUUCGUUUUCCGUCUAGAAAAAAAUUUAGAGACGGAUGAUCCGUCUAAGACGAGCUAUCCGUCUGUUAGCAAGUCUUGAAGACGUGCUGACAGACGGAUCAGCUUGAGACGAAUUUUGCUCCCUAAUUCCUAGUUAUCCGUCUGAGACGGAUGAUUCGUCUCUGACGGAUAACUCGUCUCUAGUAUGAAUUCGGCCAUUGGGAUGUCUUUCCUCUGCUGGUGAUUCCCGAAUCGUAAAAAUUAUCUUGGCUCGUAGAACUGGGAUAUGUUUCCGGUGUCCUCGCCAUCAUGGGUUGAAAUAUUUUUGUUCGACGGAUACAAAUUAACUCCACUCAGAGUCUGACAAGAGCGCAUUGCAAACAAAACUGACUAAAGCCCAAUUCUACGAUUUUUAGGAUAUUACGAGCGGAUGUUGGCGGUUUGUAAACCAAUAGGUUGAAGGGACUUUUGUCCCUCGUCGGUGAAAUUGCACAGUGCACAGCUUACGAGUUGUAAUCGAAAUACUAACCCUAUGCUCGCCAAUCAGGUACUAUAUCAUGCAAACGAAUGGAGAGUUUAUAUCUUUAACUAGGCCUACCGUGAGCGCUAAGCAUGUGAAGGUCAGUAUUCAUUGAGCGAAAUCGGCGCCUUUCAAAACCGCCGGCAUCGCGGCUCUUUAGUUCUAUAAUUAACCAUAAUUGAGUGCAUGCACAAUGUGCCGCCAGCGUACUUAUAGCCCGCCGGGACGAAGAAAAAUAGAUAUGUUUCCUUAGUAUGGUUAUAAAAAAAAAAAAAACCUCAAAUUUCUGAGCUUAAAAAGGUUUAGUGUGGACAAGACCUUACAAUUGCAAGGCAUUUCGAACAGUUAACGAGCAAGAGAAAGAAUCAAGGAAGCUUUAAGUUGAUUAGAUAAGCACUCACGGCAAAAUGUCAUAUUCUUAAUUGAUUUGAAGGUGUGAAAACCUCAGACAGAAAUGUCGUUGUUUGCGACUCUCUCUUCGCCGCUCUUAAUUGCGCCCUAAAUUUUAUAAUAAGAGAGGCAAUGAUGAGAAGACACGAGUUCGUGAUUCAUGGGUCUGUCGGCUUUGAAAAUAGUUGGUCUUUGAACUAACUCACAUCUCAUUUGCGUCCGUUAAAUUCUUCAUACGCCAGAUGCCUCCGAAAGAUAAGGAGAAUGGGAGUAUUGGAAGUAUGGAGCAUCAAAAUAAUACAAUCAGGAGUUGCGUAUCUUUACAGAACAGGAACAAGAGUUUACCUUUUCUCCAAAAAUAAUCGAUGCGGACUUUUUGCAAAAGUCAUCACAUUCCUUUGCUGGACCCUGUGGACAAUCACUUUCUGAGAGGAUACUUAAGGUAUGAAUAAACUGGUGCAUCACUAAGGAUUUAUACGUGACGCGUGAUUGUCGGAGACUGCGUGAUUACUUGCGUGACGUUAAUUUUGUCAACAACAUUAUCGUGGAGUUUCUAAUUUGUACAUGAUUGACGUCACCUCGAAUAACCUUUUUCAUAGUGCUUAGCAACGAUCAAUCACAAUGUAGUAUAAGAAUUAGGAUCUCGUUUCAAGUUGCCAGAGUAGCUCUUUACACGCCUGCUGUAACUGAGUGAAUACGCGAGAACGAUUAAAAAUUAAACUCAGUCGAGUCUGUUGAUUGAGUCCAGUACGUUAGAAGACCGGUUAUCCCUAGUAAACGGGGCAAAGUUUACGAAAUGAUGAAGGCCAAAGUUAUAAUGCGACGCGUGAAUUUUACUGAAAGGUUAACGUUAUUCGUGAAUUUACGAAAUUGUAUGAGGCCUAAAAUAUCCUUGAACCUGAAUUUUCUCUUUUUUUUUCAUCGCGUGAAAACCUCAAGAUUUCCCUGAAACCAUGAACAUAAGAGGAGAGAUUAGAAAUUUUCUCUUUUAUGUCCAUGAAGCGUGAACUUUUUUUUGAACAUUCGUCUUAGGCCUGCAAUAUCUUACUGGUCCUCUCUCAGGACAAAUUAGUUCCAACGAAUUCACUGAAGGGAUACGUUUCAAUUUGCUUCAGUAAACCCACGGUUAUACGAAAGGUUCAGUACAGCUAAACUUCAGUAAAACAUUAUCUGCGCAAAAGCCAAGCUAGCCUAGUUACACCAAGACCUGUUCAAAUCAUAGUCAAGACAGUGCUGAUGAAUUCAUACAUCCUGUUUUGAAAUGUCCAUGUGAUGUAACUUCACUUUCUUUUAAUUUUUCAGAUCCAUACGUACAGAAGGAGGCCUUACAAACCCCCGUAAUUGUACACUGGUCUGUUUCAAGGCAAAUGACACCUAGACAAUUAUGUGUGAGCAGUGAAAGACUAAUUUUCUUGGAUACUAUUAAAUCAACAUUACUGCAUCGCCUUGUGAACAGAAGGAAGAGGAGUCAAAAAUCUAAAUCUUGUAUCGUCGUAACUUCGAGGAAAAACAUUUAUCUCAUAUGAAUAAAUGACGAUAUCGUCACUCAGUGAUAGUGAUGUAAAUUCGGCUUUAAGUGUCCUCAUUCCAAGGUCAUCUAAUUUUAAAUUUCCUUAAAAAUGAACAGAUCAUCUUAUUCUGCAACAGAUGAGCUCUCCUUAUGCCAAGACAGGAUUACUUCCAUCUUUUCAUUGAUUGAGCUCAUCCUGUAUGUGUACAAAAAUUCAAUUACGCGAUUUUUUUUCUUGCAGGGAAGAGAAAAUUAAUUUCCUUUCAACAACUAACCUUUUGGCAUUUGAUUAAAAGCCUGCAUGAUUUAUGAAUAGUUCUGUUUGAUAAAGCGGGUAUGGGCCUCUGUUAAUAGCCUUUAGUUUCCAACUGUGGAUUUAUUUUCACAACUUUAUCCUAUCAUUCAAAAAACAUCAGCAAACACAGUAUUGUUAUUUCAACUAUGAUCACUGAAAAAUAGAAAAAGCAUAAAUAGAAAACUGAUCGAAAUUGUUGGUAUGCGUAGGCCCUCUACAAAUUGUCUUUUUUGAGAAUGGAAAAGCAACGACUCAGGAUUUCUGCAGCAUUGACCUUGCAACACAUAAAAUUUCUUUAACUCAGGAUGUCAUACCGUGCAGAAUUUCUGCAGCCCUGGACGUCAAGGCGUGCAGAAUUCCUGCAGCACUGGACGUCAAGGCGUGUAGAAUUUCUGCAGCACUGGACGUCAAGGCGUGUAGAAUUUCUGCAGCACUGGACGUCAAGGCGUGCAGAAUUUCUGCAGCACUGGACGUCAAGGCGUGCAGAAUUUCUGCAGCACUGGACGUCAAGGCGUGUAGAAUUUCUGCAGCACUGGACGUCAAGGCGUGUAGAAUUUCUGCAGCACUGGACGUCAAGGCGUGCAGAAUUUCUGCAGCACUGGCGUCAAGGCGUGCAGAAUUUCUGCAGCACUGGACGUCAAACCUUGCAGAAUUUCUGCAUCAUUGGACGCCAUACCAUGCAGAAUUUCUGCAGCACUGGACUUCAAGGCGUGCAGAAUUUUUGCACGCUUAGGCUGUCAAACCUUGCAGAAUUUCUGCAUUACAGUUCUUGAUACCAUGUCAAAUAAAAAUGAAAAAAAGAACCGCCUAAACAUAUUAA